ACGACACCACCACUAGCGAGUAGCGUGCAGCCUGCAGGCAGCAUUGCAUUGCCAGGGUCUCUGACUGGAUGUGUUCUGGAGAGAAGAACAGGUGUCUCUCGUCGCUUCUUGAGGCGUUAACACUUUUUAUACUAAUGGAUUUGAAUAUCUUAAAUAGUCGGGGCAGUAAUUUCGCUGUUUCUGCCAUCACGUGUGAUUACAGGUUGACAUGAACUUAUCAAGCCUUGCAUGAGGCUCCUUCAGGACUUACAACAGCUUUGAUGGAGCUUCAGAGGGGCAGGAUGGGCAGGCAGAGGAAGAGGGUGGUGACUGGUGAAGCAGCUCCCCCUCCAAGGAAAGAUGAGAAGCCCUCUGCGUUUCAUCGCAAAGAAAAGAAGAAGAAAGUUGACAUUGGAAAAAUCUUCAUCAACAUCUCCAUUGGCCUCUGCAUAUUUAGUUUGAUCUGGUUCUUUUAUGCCCUGUACAUGCGGUCCAGCCUGGCUAAACGAGUGGUGACACUGCAUCCGUCACCUCCUGUCCUUGAUGCCAAUAGCAGCAGUGCCAAGGUUUCGCCUGAGAGGUUCUGGGGCUCGUAUAGGCCUCAGGUCUAUUUUGGCAUGAAAACCAGGAGUCCCAGUUCGAUCGUAACAGGCAUGAUGUGGAUGCGACAGUUUUCUGACAUGGAUGUAAACCUGAGGCACACUUGCGAGCAAGGGGAUCGUUUGCAAGGCUACGGCUGGCUGAUGCAUGAUGGGAUCACAUUUGGAGUCCAGGAAAUCCGAGACAACGAUUUCACACUCACCACGGAGUUUGUUAAGAGGAUGGGGGGGGGUCACGGAGGAGACUGGACCUGGAGGAUAACUGCUAAACAGCAUAGCUCUGCCCCUCAUGCACCGGUCAUCUCCCUCAUGUUAUACGCAGCCGCAGACACGCAGGGAUCACUGGAGGCUCAAGUUGAGGAAAGAAACCGCCUCGCCUCCAUCACUGGUUUCUCAGAGGAGCUUGGCAAUUUUAAGAUUACCUUCCGAAAGCCAGUUACCGGGGAGUUAUCCAGCGCUAAAUAUGCCAGCUACAACUAUCUUCAGACCGUCUCCCCCGGCUUGGAGAAGCUUACUGACAUUGUGAAGCACAGUCUGAACCGCAGGUUUGUAUACAGCUCUCCUUCUGGUGAGAAGAGGCAUUACAUAGCUGUAGACACCUACAAGCCUCCCCAUCACCAAAACCAACAGAAGCCAGCGGAUGCGAGGAAGGAAAGCGACUUUGUGGUCCACCAGGUGACCAUCCAGACGCCGUUCCAGAUUGAAGUCCUGUUUGAGUCUGGUGGCUUCCACAACCGUCCAAAUCAACUUGUGGGCUCCGUCAUGACUCAGGAGUUAGAGAAGAGGAAAGCUGAGUUUGAUGCAAAGUUUGAAAAGACUUUUGGGCUUGAGAGCAAAGGCAGUAGCCAGGCACAUAUUAAGUUUGCCAAAGCAGCACUCAGCAACAUGCUCGGUGGAAUGGGGUACUUCUUCGGCCAGUCAGUGGUUCAGUCAGUCUACAAUGAAUACCCGCUCCUGUACCCUGAAGGGGCUUUAUUCACUGCCGUACCAUCGCGCUCUUUCUUUCCUAGAGGCUUCCUCUGGGAUGAAGGAUUCCACCAGCUGCUGCUCAGCAAGUGGGAUCCCCAGGUGACCAGAGAAGCAAUUGCUCACUGGAUAGAUCUGAUGAAUAUGGAGGGCUGGAUCCCCCGGGAGCAGAUCCUGGGAGACGAGGCUCGCAGUAAAGUCCCGGCUGAGUUUGUAGUUCAGCGUAAUGAGAAUGCCAACCCACCAACUCUUUUCUUGGCUCUUCAGGAGCUUAUUGAGCAGCACUCUUCAAAUCCAGAUGAUGCAGCAUCUCAAGCGACCUUGCCUUUUCUCCGGAGACUCUUCCCUAGACUGAAAACCUGGUUUGAGUGGUACAACACGACACAGACAGGGCCCCAACCAAACUCUUACCGCUGGCGUGGACGGGACAAAGACACCAAUCUUUUCCUCAAUCCCAAGACCUUGACCUCUGGACUGGAUGACUACCCUCGGGCCUCGCACCCGUCUGCAGAUGAGCGCCAUGUGGAUUUACACUGCUGGAUGGCCCUGUCCUCAGGGAUCAUGGCCAGUAUUGCCCAGCUUCUGGGUGAGUCCCAUCAGGACUAUGAACUCUCUCACCAAGUGCUCAGUGACAACAACCUGCUGAACAAGCACCACUGGUCAGAGCAACUUCGUGCUUUCAGUGACUUUGGAAACCACACCCAGGCCGUAUUCUUGCAGCAGGAGAAAGUUUAUGUACCACCCGGACAACCUCGUCAUCAGUUCCCUGUGGCACGCCUUGUGCGUUCAGUCCGCAGGGCUCCCAAAAAGCAGUUUGUCAACGCGUUGGGUUACGUUAGCUUGUUCCCUUUCUUACUGCACAUUCUUACACCAGACUCACCCAAGCUAGAACAUAUCCUUCGCGACAUGAGAGACUCCAACAAGCUGUGGACACCCUAUGGCCUGCGAUCUCUUUCUAAGUCUGAUCCAAUGUAUAUGGAGCGAAACACAGAACAUGAUGCCCCCUACUGGAGGGGUCCAAUAUGGAUUAACAUCAAUUAUUUAGCAGUCAGGGCCCUGUACCACUACGGCAACAUUGAAGGACCAUACAAAGAGAAGGCAGCUGCUCUUUAUGAGGAACUCAGGACUAACAUUAUCAAUAAUGUUUACAGACAGUAUAUGGAUACAGGCUAUAUCUGGGAACAGUACAAUGACAGCACUGGCAGGGGCCAAGGAAGCCACCCCUUCACCGGCUGGUCUGCCCUGGCAGUAUUAAUGAUGGCUGAGCAGUACUGAUGCUGUGGAUCAUCUCAUUUGUUCCUUGGUGUUUGCCUUUAAUUUAUCUGAAACAACAACAUGAUCAGGUGUUAAGAUAUAUUGUUACAAUUCUUUUCUUUUCAAGAUCAAUCUGAAAAUUGUAAAUCUGGCAUCAUCAGAUAAAUUUUUUUGAGAACCUCUCCCUUCAUGUCUGAUUUCUUAAAGGCAUUUUCAGUGGACGCAAAUUAAAAGGCCUAUCAACACAAUGUGAUACUCUAAUGACCUAUAAGAGCAUUUAAACAUACCACCUAGCAAUACAAGGCUAGUUAGCUUGUACCUCUUGCAAAUUCAUAAGGCGUCUGGUUCAACACGAGGCACAGAGGUUUGGUAGGACAUGAUUGAGAUAUCAGAGCUUAAUCAUUGUAUGUGUCAUGAACUACAGUCCACUAUGUAAAUACUGAUGUAGUAACAGAUUCAGAAUGUGCCACAUGGCUGCAGCCAUCUUGGUUCUUUAAAAUGGCUCACAGAUGGCAUCUCAGUAAUAAACUUUCCGCAAAUUAAAUCAAUAGUUAGGAUGGCCGGGAGUUUGUCUGAGCUGGAGGCGACCAAACACAUCUGUCGUAGAUUCAUCUGGUUCCCAAACUAGACAAAUGUAAUUCAGUGUCACAUUUCCACAUUGAACCCUAAGUUAAAUGAACGUGUCACACGUUUGUUCUCUUGGUAGUCAUUUUAAACAAGUGUAAGUGCAGCUACUCAGUCUCUGCUGUAUGAGGUGCCAAGCACUGUCUGGUGCUUCAGUUUACUCCUAAAGAUGUCUUAAGGACACACUGAACUCAUUUUUCACAAUGUUACACACACAAAACUUCAACUGCAAUGUUUCAACAUGACAAAAAAAACAUGACGGAUGAUUACAGUAUUUUACUUUUGUAUGUGAAAAAAAAACUGUUGAUCUCAUGCUUGCACAAAGUAUUUGUGAAGUCUUAAAUGAAGAAUUCUUAUCAGAUUUUUUGAGUUUCUGUCUUAAAGCUCCUGUGAGGAACUUUCUGUUUGUGUCCACUUUGCGCCCCCUUGUGGACAAAGUGAUACCUGCCGAUUUUGUCCUGUACAGGGGUAAAUCAUGAUAAUCCUGCUUUCAACAGUCAAAUAUUUCACUCAUUAAGACUAUAUACUGCAGAAAACGCAUAAAAAGGGUUUUUCAUUGAUGUGCUGUCAAUCACCUCGUCUGACACCUACCCCCUUACAGCAAUUUCAGGCUUAAAAAUAACAAAACAGAAAUCAUCAAUACCUUUUCUUAUAUCCUUGUUUGCUUUUGUAGGUCAUAAAGAGGCAUCACUGUUCAUUUCAGUCCAUUUUCAUGACCACUCAAAAACUCCACAGGAGCUUUAAACAAAGUGCAUAAUUUAUUCUCAUUUCAUCGACUAAAAAGGGCCGUCAUAUUAUAUUGUGCCAUUUCUCUGUGAUCACGUCCUCAAUUCUUUUUUUUAUUUUGACUGAAAAUUUUGAUAUUAAAUUUUUUGUUAUCACAUUCUUUGACAAAGUGUACUAUUCAGUCUCUCUCAUUGUUCUUUAGAUUCCUCCCCCUAAAAGCAGCCCCAUUUUGUAUCCAUAGCCUGUGGCUUUACUGGCAGGGAAAACUUCAUUGACAGUGGCAUUGGUCUUGUUUUGUUAAAAACAAUAAACGCUUUAAUUCUU